GUAGAGUGGAAUCGAUUGUCAGCCCAUUCUGUGUAGUUGGCAGUUCAGAGGCUCAGAGCAACGGCCAUGUGCGCUACCGACUGUUCAUCUGUUGUUCGCCUCAACAUCGGAGGGAAGAAAUUUUGCACGACUGUUGAUACAUUGACCCAGCGGGAGCCUGAUUCGAUGCUGUCAGCGAUGUUCAGUGGUCGCCAUACUGUUUCUCAGGACUCCAAUAAUGGAUAUGUAUUUGUUGAUAGAGAUGGGAAACAUUUUCGACAUAUUCUAAAUUGGCUGAGGGAUGGUGUUGUUCCCACAUUAAAAGAUAGUGAAUAUUCAGAGCUUUUGCGGGAGGCUGAAUAUUAUCAGCUACUUGGACUAAUAGCUGGAAUUGGUGAUGUUUUAAAUAAUAAGAGGAAGGAAAAUGAGGAGUUAGAUACUGAAUUGACACGCACAGAUAUCAUCAAAUGCAUACAGUCUGAGAAAGUUAGAUUCCGAGGACUGAAUCUCUCUGGCCUUGAUCUUUCUAAACUGGACCUGUCAUAUGUGGACUUCAGCUAUGCAUGCCUUAAAAGUGUUUUCUUCUCCCGUGCUAACCUUCAGUGUGCAAAAUUCCGGGAUGUGGAUGCUGAGGGUUCCAUUUUUCAUAAUGCAUCUCUGCGUGAAUGUGAAUUUACUGGGGCAAAUCUUCGUGGAGCUUUAUUAGCUGGAGCAAAUCUUCAGAGCGCAAACCUACAAGAUGCUUGUUUGGUUGAUUGUAGCUUCUGUGGGGCUGACUUGCGUUCUGCACACUUACAGACUGCUGAUCUUACCAAUGCCAACUUAGAAGGAGCUAAUCUGGAAGGAGCAAAUCUAAAGGGUGCAAAGUUGAGUAAGGCCAAUUUGAAGGGUGCAAACCUUCAACGAGCUUACCUACGGCAGGUCAAUCUUCGUGAUGCAAACACGCAUAUGUUUUGAAGAAUAAUUUCCAAAGAGGCUCUAAAUCUAUGUUUCCAUUGUGAGGAUGAUGAUAGUAGGUAACUAACUGGAGUUGGAGGUGUAAUUUGUGUGAUUUUGUUGCUAGCAAUCUAUGGAAGGCGCAAAGCUCAAUGGUGCAAAUAUGAUGGGAGCAAUCAGAUGACGUUGAAAUGAGAUUGGAGCCGGAGCCGGAGCCGGAGCCGGAGCCAGAGCUGUAAAAUUUGAUAAGAGGUUAAUAACACUACUCUUGUGAAUAAACCUAUUUCCCUACUUGCGCUUCCCCUUUCUCUUAUUUGUGUGUGUGGCCCUUGGGGUAAAUCUGGACCAACAGCCCCCUUAUAUGUUAAUAGUGUGUAAUAAUGAUUAUAGGUGUUGGGUAUUUUCUAAUGAUUUACAGCCAGACCCACCAGCGCAUAUGAAGGAAAAUUGAAAAUGGAAUGACAAGGGUGUCAUCCUAAUAAUUAUCCACAGUGGCAACGAAAUAAAAGACCUAUUACUUUUCUUUUC